AUGCAGAGGAGGUUCAGGAACUUCCAGGGAAUUCGAAUUAGCAACCAGUAUUCCCUCAUUCAACAAGCUGCCUGGCCCCCACCCCCAUUCACUGCCGUGGCACACACAGGGCAGAACCUUGAACCACCAGACUCCAUCCUAGAGACGUUAAAGAAACAAGAAACACACCUCAGCCAGCCACGCCUGAGCGGGGAGAGCGGAGCUGCGGGAGCUGCGGGAGACCUGGAGCUGCGGGAGCUGCGGGAGACCUGGGGUCCUACGGACCAGCGACCCCCUUCAUCUUCCCCAAAGGGGUGCCUGACCCCUGCUGCCUCUUCCGUCCUCACGUCCCUGCCAACACGGGAUCCGCCCCCUGCCUCCCCACUGGUCUUCGCCCCCACCACGGACAAGGCUCCCAUCCCCAUCUACCUCUUCCCCUCCCCUCUUGGCUACCAAACCCCCUGCCCUGCUCCCUCUCCCUCCCCACCCCGACCUCUGUGCCGGCUCCUUGCGCAUCAGGAGGAUCCUGCCACCAUCCCCAGGCUGCUGACAACCUCUCGCCAAGGAGCCAUAGAUGCUGUGGAACUUGCCAGAAAAUUGUAGGAGGAGGCCACUUGCUCCAUCUGUCUCGACUACUUCACAGACCCCGUGAUGACCACCUGCGGUCACAAUUUCUGCCGAGAGUGCAUCCGACUGACCUGGGAGAAGGCCAAAGGCCAGAAAAGGAGGAGAAAGUGCAAGGGCUCCUUUCCCUGCCCUGAGUGCCGCAAGCUAUCCCCCCAGAGGAACCUGCGGCCCAACCGUCUGCUGACCAAGGUGGCCGAGAUGGCGCGGCAGCACCCCAGCCUACAGAGCAGGGACCUGUGCCAGGUGCACCAGGAGCUGCUCAAACUCUUUUGUGAGGACGACCAGAGUCCCAUCUGCAUCAUCUGCAGGGAGUCCCAGGGACACCGGCCCCACAGGGUGGUCCCUAUUGAGGAGGCGGAAUACAAGUUGAAGUUGGAGGAAAACAUGGGAUACCUGCGAGAGGAAAUGAUGAAGACCGGGAAGUUGCAAGCCAAGUAGGAACAGACCUUGGCUGAAUGGCAGAAGAAGGUGAAGGAGCGGAGUGAGCGCAUCGUGGUUGAGUUUGAGAAGAUGGGCCUCCUCCUGAUGGAGGAGAAGCAGCGCCUCCUCCAGGCCCUGAAGGAGGAGGAGGAGGAGACAGUGGCAAAGCUGCAGAAGAGCAUGGCUUCACUGGACCAGCAGAGUCACUCCUUGAAGAUGCUGCUACUGCAGCUGGAGGACAGGAAUGAGCGCACACCACUCCAGAUGCUGCAGGAUGUGAAGGACCUCCUGGGCAGGAAGAACAGCCUGAGUGUGCAGUACCCAGAGGCCACCCCCACCAUGCUGAAGACCGUCUGUAGGGUGCCGGGGCAGAUAGAGGUGCUCAAGAGUUUCCAAGAGAAUGUGGUGCCCAAUCCCUCCACGGCAUACCCCUACCUCCUCUUAUAUGAGAGCCAACAGAGGCGCUACCUGAGCACCCCGAUGGAUGGCACACCCCGUGGCAAGGACAGGUUCCUAGCCUACCCCUGUGCAGUGGGCCAAGAGACCUUCUCCUCAGGGAGGCACUACUGGGAGGUGGGCAUGAACCUCACUGGUGAUGCACUGUGGGCCCUGGGUGUGUGCAGGGACAACGUGAGCUGGAGGGGCAGGGUCCCCAAGGGCCCAGAAAAUGCGUUCUGGGUAGUGCAGCUAUGCAAGGGAAAGAGGUAUGCACCUGCCACGUCUGCCCUGACCCCCGUCACGCUGACUGAGGCCCCCAGCCACAUGGGCAUCUUCCUGGAUUUCGAGGCCAGAGAGGUGUCCUUCUACAACGUGAACAAUGGGUCCCACCUGCAUACCUACUCCCAGCCCGCCUUCUCUGGCCCCCUGCAACCCUUCUUCUGCCUUGGGGCCCCCAAAUCGGGCCAGAUGGUCAUCUCUACAGUGACCCUAUGGAUGAAGUGA